AUGGGACCAAACAAAAAGCGCAAGUUAGCGAAUCAACCCGAAGAAAUCAACUUCGACCCAGAUGCCCGACAACAAUUCCUCACUGGCUUUCGCAAGCGAAAGCUGCAGCGCGUGAAACAUGCACAGGAAGUCGCAGAGAAGCGGGCACGAGAGGAACGGAUAGAAUACCGGAAAAGGAUCCGAGAAGAACGAAAAGCGGAGUACGAACAAGCGUUUGAAGAGCAUCGGCGACAGCUCAAGAUGCUCACUGAAAAUAGCGAGAAUGAGUCGAACGACUCUGGGAAUGAGAGUAAUGAGGGCGAGGAUGAGGAAUGGGAGGGAUUCGCGGAACCACCCGCUGUGGACUACGAGGCCGAAUACAUCGACGAAGAUAAAUACACCACUGUCACGGUAGAGGAGAUGGAUCCGUCGAGAGAAGGUUUGCUCAAGUACGGUCAGCAAGAACAGUCGGACGACAAAUCGGAUCAAGAGGAGGGUGGGAAGGCACAGCAGACGCCCGAGGACGCCAAUUCGAAAGCUCCAAAGAGACUGCAGACAGAUAAACCCAAGAAGAAGAAAAAGAAGUUCCGAUACGAAAGCAAGGAGGAACGCAAACUCAACCAGGCGAAGCAACGGUACUCUAAGGCCAGAAAAGCGAGAGCGCGACGCGGCGAAGAAUAA